AUGGCCGAUCAAGAGACAGACCAACCGUCGACAUUCAAUUACGUUCUCUCCUUCCUCCUCGUCGGUGUCGCAUGGGGGUUCACCACGCCGUUCAUCCGCCGCGCGGCGGCAGAUUUUAACGCCCGUCAGGAGGCGAAACGGGAACAGGGACAGGGGCAGGAGCAGGAUCAGACACAGGCUGGGGAUUCAGGUACAGAGGGAACGGAAGAGCAGGAAUUGAUGUCUGUGAAUGAGGAAAGUGAUGCAGAAACCACUCCCGCCCCUGGGGAGGAGCAUACUGUCAAUGCAGACGACAGGGGGGAUAGCAGCGAAGAAGACAAUACACUCCCGACCCCAGCAUGGAAAAAACAUGCCUCCCCGCCUGCUUCAUCCUGGGUGAAGACUAGGCUAUUCUCCCUCUUCUGGACGGUGGUCAACCUGCUCCGUACGCCGGCGUACCUGAUCCCCCUGGUCAUCAAUCUCACGGGCAGUAUCUGGUUCUUCAUCUUGGUUGGAAAACAUGAACUCUCGCUUACCGUCCCCCUCUCCAACUCAAGUGCCUUUCUCUUCACAGUGCUGGGCGAAUGGUACGUCGAGCGCAAGGUUAUCGCCCGUGAGACAUGGUUGGGAAUGUUUCUUGUCUUGGGGGGAAUUGCGCUGUGUGUCUAUUCGAAAAACCAGAGCGGCAAUGUUAGUAUCUAG